UGCAGCGACACUGUGCGGUGCUGUUUAAACUUCACAGGUUUCAGACAGACAUCGAGACAUGUGGCCGAGACGUUCUCAAAUGUAUAACGAGUUAGCGGUGCAAUCUAUUCGGCUAUAUUCAGUUUAUCUUCUAGCCUCGGAGACUAACCAAUACACGGAAAUAAGUGGGACAGCAAAAAAUAAACAACCACGCCAAUUUUCUAGCUAUUGAUUUAGCUUCGGGGGUCAUUAGGGCCAAAGCAACACUGUGCCAAAAAUGACGGGUGGAUGGGGAAAUGACGGACAGACCCCAGAGGGCGGCACAGAGCCAGAAGAGGCGGAGCGUUGUCCUAUCUGCCUGGGCGCCCUGGGCCGCUGUGUCCUGGCCAUGCCCGACAGCUGCUGCCAUGUAUUCUGCCUCAGCUGCCUCCUCAGAUGGGCAGAGUUGCAGGCGGUUCCAUCCUGCCCAGUGGACAGGCAGCCUUUCAAUGUUGUCUACAAACGUGAUGCUGUGCUGGGAUGUGUGACGGUUCCUGUGAAGAAGAGAGUCAGCCAAUCAGAGCCAGAGAAGUGUGGCUGCACAGACCCGGAAGCCAGUGGCUGUUUGUUAAAGUGAGUAGAGGUCUUGAGUUAGUGGAAGGGUUGCC